AUGCCAGUCAGCAGUUUAAAUGAAGCUGCAUGUAUCUAUGAUAUUUCUGAAUUGUAUCUCUCAGAUAUCACCUACCUGGAUCAUAUUGGAACAACUCAGUAUCCAGAGAGUGUUAUAAGAAGCGUUUACAAUGACUUAACCAGUAAUGUCUAUGGGAAUCCACACAGCAGGAACCCUAGCAGUCAGUUGUCUAGUGAUAUUCUGGAGCAGGUUCGCAGCAGAAUUUUAAAGCACUUUAAUACCUCCUGUGAAAAGCACACUGUGAUUUUUACUGCUGGUGCUACUGCUGCUUUAAAACUAUUGGCAGAGAGCUUUGAUUGGCAGGCAGCAUUCAGCAAGGAAAGCUCUCGCAGAAGUCGUUUCUGUUAUCUUCACGAGAAUCAUACAUCAGUGGUUGGUAUCAGGGAAAGAGCAGCUUUAAGUGGAGCACAAGUUAUCUGUAUCACUGAGAAAGACUUGUUGGAGCAACUCCAGUUCACAAGUGGAGGGACAAAGGAUCAUUUACAUUUGAAACAAGUCGAUUCUUUGGGCAAUGGAGAUGAAACUGAUGAUUUCUUUGUGAAAGAAUAUGUCAACUGUUGCCACAACUUAUUUGCCUUUCCUGCAAUGUGUAAUUUCUCAGGGAGAAAGUACCCUUUAGAAUGGGUUUCCCAAACUCAACAACGAUCUCUAUUCAGUAGCAGUUGUCUGUGUCAUUGGUUUGUUGUUCUUGAUGCAUCCUCAUUUGUUAGCACUUCUCCCUUGGACUUAAAUUCUUGUACUGCCGAUUUUGUUCCCAUUUCCUUUUACAAGAUGUUUGGUUUUCCAACUGGUUUGGGUGCUCUUAUUGUUAGGAACAGUAGCUCAUACAUUCUACGUAAUUGUUACUACGGCGGAGGAACUGUGCAGGCUACAAUUUCUGGUGAAAGAUUUCAUAUCAUGAAGAAAAACCUUGCUGAAAGAUUUGAAGACGGCACUCUUCCCUUUUUAGAAAUUGUUGCUUUGCAUCAUGCAUUCAAUGUGUUUGAAAAGCUAACAGGAUCUAUGACAGCUGUUUUGAAUCACACUCACAGCAUUGCGUUAUAUGUGUACAACAAGAUGUCGUCAAUGACACACGACUCUGGUAAACAAUUGUGCAAGAUAUACUGUGACACUGAUUUUAAGGACAAGACAAGGCAAGGUCCUAUAAUAAACUUUAACUUACGAAGAGCAAAUGGAGACUUUGUGGGAUAUAGUGAGGUAGAAAAGAUGGCCAGCUUAUACAAUAUUCACCUAAGGACAGGUUGCUUUUGCAACACAGGGGCCUGUCAGAAAUUUCUGAGCCUAUCAAAUAAGCAAGUGAAGGACAAUCUGUCUGCAGGUCACGUGUGUGGGGAUGAUGUAGAUCUUAUUGAAGGAAAACCUACUGGCUCGGUGAGAAUCUCAUUUGGCUACAUGUCAAACUUUGCUGAUGCAAAAACAUUUCUAAAUUUCCUUGAAGAAUGCUUUCUAGAUGGUGACUUAAAUGUCACCUCUAGUGCACAGGACAGUUUGCACAGUGAUGCUAUGUUAACCACAGAAUCAGUACUGGGCAAACAUUUUCAAGAUACAGUUGCACCUGCUUGUCACAAAAAGAGUGCUUCAAAUGACAUCCGUAGCAACUUCCAACAGGAUUUAGCUGUAGAUUCAACGACAGAGCAGAAAAAUUAUCCUACAGCAUCUGCCAAUGCUAAAAUGCUUGAUGAUUGCCAAGUGUUUAAAUCUCAGCUUCCUAAGUCUGUCCACAGUGUCCAUCAUUCAGAGGACCUAAGGCUGAUGAAGAUUUGCAUUUAUCCCAUCAAGUCUUGUGCAGCUUUUGAGGUUAAUGAGUGGGAGGUUGGUCACAGAGGAUUUCUUUAUGAUCGUCAGUGGAUGAUUGUAACUGAUCUUGGAGUAUGCUUGACUCAGAAGAGAGAACCACGCUUGUGUCUAAUAAAACCCUCAGUGGAUCUUUUCAGUAAAAUUCUUUCAAUCACAGCACCAGGAAUGCCUAGUUUGGUGUUGCCGCUGUGCUUGCCAUCAGGAUAUCAGGAAAAAGAAACAAGCUUUUGUCAAACCAAAGUCUGUGGAAAUAGGGUCUCUGUCCAGGAUUGUGGAGACAAAGCUGCCUCAUGGAUGUCACAGUUUUUAUGUAAAAACUGUCGACUAAUUCAACAUCAUGAGAAAGAUGGUCGCACUUGCAAACUUGAAGGAGACAGAGGAAACAGUUCUCUUUCCUUAGCCAAUGAAUCACAAUUUCUUCUCAUUACAAUGGCAAGCAUAAGUGAACUUCUGACAAGUGUUAAACAGCAUGAAGCAACAAAACUACCCAUGGAAACAGAGCUGCACAUGGACACACUGAUUGAUAGAUUCAGAGCCAACUUGGUUGUUUAUGGUGGCAAACCAUUCAGUGAAGAUCACUGGAAAACAGUAAGAAUUGGCAAAUUGGUUUUUAGGUUUUUUGAGGAGAAAUUCUACGAUGAACAUCCCUGAAACAGAAACAUGCACAUGCGCUGGCACAAGCCGCCAGUCGGCAAAUUCACAGAAUAACACAAGCUCGAAGAAUUCAAUUCGGUAAGAUCUAUUGCAUUUAUAUUUUCUGUGCUGUAGUUAUAACUGAUCCAAUUUAAUAUGGCCAGCGAAACUGGGGCAACUUACCUUCUACUCUAAGGCAAAAUAAAUGCAGCUUAUUGUUUUCAUUUUAACGUCGUUUAAACUUUUUUAGCCACCAGAAAUCGUUCUAAAACUGAAACUAGAAAAUUCCCUCCAAAACUUCCACUCCUCUUCACCUCUCUUGAUUGAAAUGCUUUGAACGAGAAAGUUAAGACAAGUAGCUUGAAAUAAAAUAUACGUGCCGGUCGCAGUGUUGCAGAGAAGAACAAGGGAUAGAGAACCUUCCCGGAUUCCUGUUCGCAGGAUUCUUAAAGUUUUGAAGAGAAAAUUAGUAUUUGGAAAAAUAGAAAAACGAUCUCUGGUUAAAAAUUUGUUUAAAACGAGCUUUCGACUACCAGUCUGCAGUCUUUAACGAGUAAUAGAUAGAGAGCGCGAACGUUAAAAUAUAUACUAAGAAAAGUCUGAAAAAAACAAAAUUAUAAUAAGACAAUAGAAAUGCUUGUGUGCGAGUUAAAAAUGCUAAUGUGAUGUUCAAAAUAAAAUUGAAUAUUGUCUUGGUAAUUGUUUCGCAUUAUUGUCAGCAUGGUUCGUAAUUGCUGUGUGGCAGGAUUCCAAAGUUUUUCUAACGCGGAAAUUUCCCUUGUCAGUCACGCGUGCAUUGUCAAAGUCGAUGGAAUGGUCGUUCAACCAGGCAUGUGAAGCAAUGUUGGAACCUUUUUUAAAGGUUUUUGUGUUUCUACUAUGCUCUUUCUUCCUUGUUUGUAAACAUCUACCAGUCUCACCGAUAUAACUCCACGGACAAUCGGCGCAUGGGAUCUUGUAAACGACAUUUGUUUGUAGUUCCGCGGGUGGUCUUGAUUUCGGAGAAACAA